AAAGCCGAUCAGCGGUGUGUCGCAUCUCAGGCAAAAAGAUGAAACCUGGCUGCAUGGAGAGCGAUGGAGUUUAUUCCGCUCUGUGAAUAUAUAUUCUGAAACAGAACUACCUUCAAAGAUAGUUUCAAGUUGUGCAAUCUUUUCAACUGUUUAACGUUCAGACAGUUUAAGGUAGGCUACACCACCUUAAGAUAAUUCUAGCCUUAAUUGAAUUUCGUCAAAAGCCUAAUGGUCAGUUUCCACUGAAGCGUUGGAAAUACAAGUUAACGGUAUUGAUCGGCGCUACCUGACUGGAUAUCCGUCGUCAACACAACACCGAGCAAAAGAAGAGGAGAUCGAGCCUGCCAGCCAUACAGCCAGGAAACAAGCGCUAUAAGGAUUGCAGGAGGGGACGGUGUCAUACAAGUGGAAGAGAUAAGGUCCCGAGACUAGCAGCUCAGCUGACCGUAAGAGAGGUUCCGCACUUCAUUCCACCUUCACUAAACAGCGAAAAGGCCGCCAAGAUCAGAAAGCUUGUUCCAUAGACCUGCCAUGGGGAAACAGAACAGCAAACUACGGCCCGAAGUGCUGAACGACCUGCGAGAGAACACAGAGUUUUCCGACCACGAACUCCAGGAGUGGUACAGAGGAUUCCUGAAGGACUGUCCCACGGGCCACCUGACCGUCGACGAGUUCAAGAAGAUCUACGCCAACUUCUUCCCGUACGGCGACGCGUCCAAGUUCGCCGAGCACGUCUUCCGGACAUUUGACACCAACGGCGACGCCACCAUCGACUUCCGGGAGUUCAUCAUCGCGCUCAGCGUCACGUCGCGUGGCGGCCUGGAGCAGAAGCUGCGCUGGGCAUUCAGCAUGUACGACCUGGAUGGCAACGGCUACAUCAGCCGCGCCGAGAUGCUGGAGAUCGUGCAGGCGAUUUACAAGAUGGUGUCCUCGGUGAUGAAGAUGCCAGAAGAUGAGUCAACACCAGAGAAACGGACCGAUAAGAUCUUCAGACAGAUGGACCAAGACAAUGAUGGCAAACUCUCUUUGGAGGAGUUCAUCAAAGGUGCCAAAAGUGACCCUUCGAUUGUUCGUCUCCUGCAGUCAGACCAGGGGACCUCUCGCCAGUUCUGAAGACGCGGAAAGACGGACACACACAGUUACUUAGCCAUCUGAACAGGGACACCAAACUUAAUGUCCCUUAAAGAAUUCUACUUUGUCUAAUCUUAAACCAUUCCUCAACUUAACCUAAAUAACUUAUAAUUCAUGCCCAAACUUAAUCGAGCCCUAACACCUAAUUCUAACCCUAAACCAAAUUGCAACUUAUAAGUAAAACACCUCUUUCAAACUGGGAAUCACCUUUUUCUGAUUUCACCAGUUUGGCUACAUUGCUGUCCCUGUUAUAUAGUGAAGUCAGAAACACAGUUCGAAAGACUGGAAACUGAAAACUGUACCACCACCCCCCACCCAACACACACAAUUGUCUCGGAACACCUAUGUCAGGCAGCCAUUUUAUAUUAUUUAAUGUCUUGUCAUCAGUAGAGGUGUUCUUUGCAUGUUGGCAGGAAAACAUGGACCAAUCCGAGAUCAGGUCUCUUUCACAUCUAAAUGUGUCAGUUAUAAAAUGCAUUCCGCAGUGAUUCAUGUUUUUCCUUCAUGGAAAGUAAAAAUUCUGUUCGCACAGCACCAAUACUCUUACAUUCCCUCGCAAAAUGUUUUUUUUAUGCCUUAGUGUUUUCUUAAAACCUGCCUGAUUGUAGUCAACUGAAAGUGCCAUAUUAUAUCAAUAUUUGUACUGAAUGUACUAUUAAAUGUGGAAGUAUUAUUGUU